AUGCGGCCUAGGAGCGACAACGCCCCUCGCGGAGGGACCCUCCCCCCGCCUAGCAGCAGCAGCAGUAGCAGCAGCAGCAGCAGCAGUAACAGCAACAGCAACAACAACACCAGUGUUUCCUUGCUUUUCCCUCACAGCAGCAGUUUCUCCCCGUAUUUGCGCAUGGAACGGUGCAGCACAGGGGGGAGAAGCAGCUGCACACGAGGAGAAACGCAACAGCCGCAGCAGCAAAUGGUAAAUAUUCAUGUAGCCUUGCAGCGCAGGGGUCUUCGAGACUCUGAUGUCGAUGAAUUUGUUCAAUGGUUGACCCUUUGCAUGCAGCAGCACAAUCGGCCUGCUAGCAGCACGAGUGGCGGCAACAGCAACAACAGCAGCAACAACAGCAGCAACAACAGCAGUGGCAGCCGGCUGCCUGCUAUUGUUGUCUUUUCCCUGGAUCUGGCGGAUAACAGUCUGAGCGGCUCGGGUGUUUCGACGCUGUUGUCUUUCCUAACGACGCACUGUCACUACAUGCGCGUAAGCAAGUUGAAGCUGUAUAAGAAUGCAAUCGGCAAUGCGGGAGCCGCAGCUGUGGCUGGCUACAUCAGCAAGACUGCGGCAGCUGGCUGUCUCCUCCUCGAAGAGCUGCAUCUUUCACACUGCGACAUCUCAAACAGCGGUGCAGUACUUGUGCUCGACGCCGUAGCUUCUGCUCAGGAGCAGGAGGGAGGUCAGCACGUGUAUCCGCGAAUGGAUGCAAGACGAAAAGCCUAUGUUCCUCUGUGGCUAAGGAUGGAGUACAACACCAUUACAGACCCGUUGAAUCUAGCCCGGCAGUGGAGCUCUACUGCGAAGCAAAAAAGAGGUGCAGCGGCUGCUAUUUGUUUUGCUGAUAAGAUGCAGCAGCAGCAACAUUGCACACCUGCGCGUUGCUGGAGAACGGCUGCGCAUGCAGCCACCCCCGUGCUUCACAUGUAUAUGUUCGCUCACCAAGCUCUCACAGAUAAUCGACGUGGGGCCUCUAUGCGUGCUUCAGCGGCUGGCAGCACAUCCUCCGGAGCAGUACGUGGCUUGCUUCAAAGUCUAGUUAGAGUUUCUGUGAGAUCAGCAGCAGCAGCAGCAGCAGCAGCAGCGACCUCCUCGCGUCGCUCUUCAGAUGAUCAUAACGCAAAGCAGCAUCGACAGCAGCAACAGCAGCAACAGCAGCAGCAGCAGCAGCAGCCAGCAGCGCAGGCUAACGCAACUGCUCGCAGAAGAGGAUCAGCAGCCGUUUCUUCCGCUGAAUCCGCUACAGUUACGUGUACUGCGGCAGCAGCUGCUGCUGCUUCUGGAGCGCGCAUGCCAGCUCGAAUGGUAGCAGCAGCAACCCCUGCUGCAGCAGCGGCUUCUGGAGCUGCUGCACCGACUUCAGGAGAAAAGCGCGUGGGAAGUGGUCGUAUUUCUUAUGCAGCAGCGGCGAGUGCACCUGCCGCUGCUGCCGCAAAAGCUGCAGCAGCAGCAACACCCACACUCAGUGAAAAGUCUGCUGCCACGAGUGCAGCACCAGCAGCAGCGCCUGUCGGAGCCAGUGAAACUGUUGGCAGCUCAGCAGCAGCCGCAGCUGCUGCUUCUUCCCGCCGCGUCUCUUGUAGCGAUGCAAGGAGGUCUCCUGGAGGAGGAGGCGGUUCUUCUUCGGCAGUGUCUGUGUCGCUGGAGACUCCUGAGCUCUGUGUUUCCUCAGGAGCAGUGGCGACGGCAGCAGCCGCAGCUGCUGUCGUCGAGGAUGCAGUUAAUGCAGCUGCAACGGCUUUGUCAGGCCCAACAAGGACAGAAGCAACGUGUGCCGAUUUGUUCAAGAGUUUGCCUCUCUACAUCUUGCUGGAUGCUUCAGCUGUCAUCCAGAUGAAGCAUGGAAAGUGCGCUGGUCACCCCCAGCAGAGCGAAAGCACUUGCCCAGCAAGCCUCGCAGGUUUGCGACGUCUCUGCAGCGCAGGCCUGUUGGCUUGCAGGGGGCUCGUUCCUCCGCGUGCAGCAGUGGGAGGAGCACUUUCAAAGCACACGCUGUCAGAUAGCGAUAUCUCGAUUUUCCUGAUUAUCGACCAUGUGGAACGGGAGGUAGCUCGCCUGCAGCAGCAGCAGCAGCAGCAGCAAGACGCGCUGCAAGACCUACAGGAGCUGGCGAGCGACUUCCAAAUCAUCGAGUAUGUUGAGGCGGCUAAGAAGCAGUCCAAGCUUCCUCAGCAGAAGCACCAGCAAAAGCAGCAGCAGCAGCAAUACUCGCUGCUGACACCCCAGGAUGUAUCUUUAGGCAAGGCCCUCCAGCUGAGCGUCGACACUCUGAAGACGCUAGACUUUGCCCUCCUUUGGAAGAGCCACUUGGAGGAGGUUUGCUUGGGCAGGAUCCAUGGCAAUAGCAGCAAUUGCACGAGCAGCAAGGAGGGAGACGCCAAGUCUGGGGAGGGGCUUGUCUUUAUGCUCACGGCAGAUCCUGCAGUAAAAGUUUUUCUGCAGCGCUGUGCAGCCCAGCGUGGAGCAGCAGCAGCAGCGCCUGCCAUAGCUGCCGUGAGGAAGCCUGAGGUUCCCUGUCUCUUGCUGGAGGAAUUCUGUUGCUGUCUGGGAGUAAGCUUCUCCGAUGUGAUGCAGCAGCAGCAGCAGCAACGUCCACCAGUCACGGCUGGAGAGCUGCGCGGGCUUAUGCUCUCUGCGCUGCAUCAUCAGCAGGAGCAGCAGCAGCAGCAAAACGGAAAUGCAUACAUCCCUUUCUUCUCGCCCCUUCUGGGAACGGGCUUUAACGAUGCCGCAUACGUUCGAUCCAGCAACAACAGCAGCAGCAGCAGCUGCUGCAGUGGCAACAGCAACAGCAACAGCAACAACAACAGCAGCAGCAGCAGCUGCAGUGGCACCAGCAACAGCAACAGCAGCAGCAGCAGCAGCACUUGCUGCAACGCCGCGAGCCUCGCCAGUAGGAAUGUUGUUACGGUCGAGGAAAUUGAGCAGCUGCAGCUGCGGCAGCACCAACAGCAGCAACAACAGCAACAGCAACUGCAACAACAGCAACUGCAACAACAGCAAAUGCAACAACAGCAGCAGCCUUUGCGUGUACCUCCUGGACUCAGCAGCCCCCCCCCCAUUUCUAACGAAACUGCAACAGCAGCAGACUUUCUCUUUGACUCGUAUUUGGGAGAAGGUUGUGCGUCCAGUGGCUUGCACGAUGGAGGAGACGAAGACGCUGCAGUUGCUGUUGCUGCUUCCGAUCGAGGUCGGCUCACUUUCAACAGCAGUGCAGCAGCGGCAGCAGCAGCAGCAGCAGCAGCAGACGCAUUCGCCACCUCCGCGGCAGCAGCAGACGGGGAAGUUCCUGCAGAGGGGGCAACUCCCCUGGCUGGGCGCAUUGCGGAGAAUGCUGCUCCAGUAGGGCCUCCUUUGGAGCAGGACGAACUCAUCACGGCAAUCGCGAUCGUGCAGGAGCUGGCCACGCGCAUUCGGCUUUCGGAACCUGCAGCUGCAGUAAACGGAAGCAGCUGCAUCGGCGACGGCGUCGUUGCGGAGGAUCUUUUGCGCAGAGCUCAGCAGUGCGUUUACCGAUGGAGGCGUCUGCUGCUGAAACAGGAGCAGCAGCAACGGCAAGAAGAGCAGUUCUUGCACGCCCUCCAGCAGAGAGAGGUUGUGCACCCGUCCGCAUGCGUCGGCAGCAGGGCGAGAUGGGGGGAGGGAGAAGUUGCGGCGGAACGGGUUUGCCCACCAGAGCGAGGGGGAAGACUGCCUUUAAGCGGUGCUUGGUAUCGUGGCUUUCAGUAG